AUGUUAUCAUUAAAAUGCACUAACAGUAUCGGCUUACGGGCAGUCAUGAGGUUAAAUUUGUCGAGGACAUCAAUUAGAUUUGCGACCACAGAGACAAGUAUUAAUAAGGAUAUUAAAUCUACUGAAACGAAGAAAAACAUUGAAACAAAGCCUGUCCAAUCUGCUCAAUCAACGGAGUUAUAUAUGAAUCCAGGUAAAUGGAGAGGAUUAGAACCUACAAAAAUCAUAAACUUAUUUUGGGAAAGAAAGACGAAAUUGGGUACAGAUUACAAGCGUUGUCCUGAGGAGUUGGAUGCUUUGUUAAGUACUGCGGAUUUUAGUGGUAUGACUAAGAAUGAAAUUAAAAAGAUAUAUGAAGAUACAACAAAUGCAAUGGGUACUAGUAUGGUAAGUAAGAAUUUCUUAAGAGAAGGUUUAAGACCAUUCCAAUUUGAUGAAUUACCAUCACCAGCCCAAGAUGUGGUAGAUGAGCAUCGUGAGCAACGUUACUAUAAUAGAUUAGCAAUAUAUGAUUUACCACUCUUGACUCAAUAUCGUCAGAAAUACACAAACCCAUCAAUAAAGACUCACCCGAUCACUUAUCGUUAUACUUCGUAUGUUGGUGAAGAACAUCCUAACGGAGCCAAAGUUGUACUGUCAGUAAAGACUAAAGAUCUACCAUUGAAUGACAAACAAAUACAUAAAUUGCAUUUGUUAGCACGUACACGUUAUGAUCAUGAAACGGAUAUUUUUAAGAUGUCGAGUGAUAAGUUUCCUGAGGCCGCACAAAAUUCACGUUAUUUGCAUGAUAUCUUUCAAAGACUAAUGAAGGAAGCUAAGGAUACGACAGAUGAUUUUAGUGACAUUCCAUUAGAUACAAGACAUGUUGCAUCUAAGAAUCUUCGUAAAAGAAGAAAUGAUUAUGUAUUCCCAGAGGAAUGGAAACGUCCAGAAGAUGCGCCUGUUGAAACGACUGAUGUUUUAAAUAACGUUUUGAAGACUUCUCCAACAAAGGAAUAA